UAUGCUUUCCAUUGGCACAGUGGAUAAAAAUAAUGAGAUUUAAUAUUAUAACUGGGCAAUUUCAAUCCUCAAGUUUUUUUUUUUUAUGUCUCUAAUUUAGCUAUUGAUGGGUGAAGAUUGAUAAUAUACAUGGUCAAAUAAUUCCUUAUCCUUUGUCAUUAUUCAAUCAGCGAUUCGUUCACUAAGUAUUAGGACCCUGUCACAUUCCUGAAGCUGGGCGUACAACCCAAACCAAAAGCAAAGCUAGGACGGACAUGCUCUUGAGAGUUUUACAUUUCAGAUCCUGAAUACAAUGGUGCUUGACAUUCAGAGUACCCAUUCUAUUUCAUCAACAUUUCCCAGAAGGACAGCACUAAAUAAGGGCCAGAAGAGCACCAGGCCUGAAACUUCUCAACGCUCGUUGCACCUCUAAACCGAAGAUUUAUAGUUGCCUUGCCAUCACUGGCUGUGCAGUCUUACACAAGUUAGCGCCCAUGUUCCCCUGUCAGUGAAAAUGACCGCUAGUGAGUUUUUUGUUUUGUUUUUGUUAAUGGGAGAUGUGUGUUGAUUAUUCAGCAGUUAGUGUGGUUGCUGUCUUCCCCUUGCCCAAUAGAAUGACCUGCGGGAAUCUGUCCUGGCUGCACACAGUCAAAUCUUAAAAUUUGAGAGUGGAAUACAGGGUUCAGGGACACUGUUUGGUGGUUCAAAUUUGCAGACGGGUCUGAGACUCAACCCUGCAGUCUGGAUUCUACUUUCCCUAGCCAUUCAUCUUUCCACUUGGUAGAUAGACUCAGGGUGCAUCUGUGGGUAACCAAAUUCUUAGGACUGAGGUGCACACAUCUGGGUCUUGAACUGUAUGUACCUUGAAGACAAAUAUUUCCCACUUAUCUAGAAUGGGGCCCGUGACUGUGUUGGGCUUAGCUGCCUGUGUGUGACUGUCAAAUAUGUAAGGACUGCCACUGCUGCCUCAGCUCGGCCUGCCCGGAGGGAUAGAGGGAAGAGCAGGAAGAGCUCUGCCUUGGGGCGCUGGGCCCGGGCUGGGAAGACAGGCUUGUUGGCUCCCUCCGCGAUCAGCACCCGAGGCCACCUUCCCCGAGUUCCCUCGGCGCGUUUCCUCGCCCAGCCCGACCGGUGAUCGUGGCCUCGGGCCGGUGUUGGUGUCUUGCUCUCGGUUUCCAUCUGCACCUCGGGGUUCUGCGCUCUGCUCGCCAUGGAGCCCGGGCCGUGCAGCAGGCCCGCUGAGCCUGGGCAUUGCGUGAGCGGCUCGGCGGUCGCAGGCUCAGCAUUCCCGGCGUCCCCAUUGUCCGCUGCCUGGGCGGAGCCCGGGAGUCGCCCUGGAACCGUGGCCGCCGUGCUGCCGGCUGGGGGUUGCGGGGAAAGGAUGGGCGUCCGCACCCCGAAGCAGUUCUGCCGGGUUCUGGAGAGGCCGCUCAUCAGCUACACUCUGCAGGCCAUGGAGAGAGUAUGCUGGAUAAAGGACAUUGUUGUGACGGUGACAGGGGAGAACAUGGAAGCAAUGAGAAGUAUUAUCCAGAGGUAUGGGCAUAAGCGCAUCUCACUAGCUGAGGCUGGAGCCACGCGCCACAGAUCAAUUUUCAAUGGACUGAAAGCCCUGGCAGAAGAUCAGCCAGACUGUAAACUCACUAAGCCAGAAGUUGUGAUUAUCCAUGAUGCCGUGAGACCUUUUGUUGAGGAAGAUAUCCUCCUGAGAGUUGUCCUAGCAGCCAAGGAACAUGGGGCAGCAGGAGCAAUUCGACCCCUGGUGUCCACUGUCAUCAGUCCCUCUGCUGAUGGUCACUUAGACCACUCACUGGACCGUGCCAAGCAUAGGGCAAGCGAAAUGCCCCAGGCUUUUCUCUUUGAUGUGAUCUAUGAAGCAUAUCAGCAGUGUAGUGAUUUUGACUUGGAAUUUGGAACAGAGUGCUUGCAGUUGGCUCUAAAAUACAGCCACAGGAAAGCAAAACUUGUAGAAGGGUCCCCUGACCUGUGGAAGGUGACCUACAAACAAGAUCUGUGUGCAGCUGAGGCCAUGAUUAAGGAGAAAAUUUCACAAGAGAUCUGUGUGGUCAUGAACACAAAAGAUGAAGAAGAAUCUGUAGGACAUCUUCUUGAGGAAGUGCUAAGAAAGGAACUAAAUUGUAUUAACGUCACAUCCACAGUUAUGGAUCACACAGGCGGAGACAUUAAGAAUUUCACAGACCAAUGCUACAGUUUCAUCUAUGUGAAUGUUGUGUCCUCUGAUAGUCAAGAAACCAGGAAGUUACUGAGUAUAUUUGAAGAGAGCAGCCUUCCUCUUCUGUAUCCCGUAGUUGUCGUUUUGGUGCACUGCUUUGACUUCACAUUUGUACCUCUCGCUCAGAAGAUGGAAAGCCUGAUGUGGAUUAGGGAAUUAGCAAAGGAAGUGAGAGAAAGGAAUAUUCUAUUGAGUGGGCUUCUCCUAAAUUACUCACAGGAUGAGCAGAAGCUACAAGAGAGUUUAAGACAAAGUGCAGCCAUCAUAGCUGCUUUAGUUAAGGAGAGAAAUUCUGCACUCGUUGGGCAGCUCCUGGUGGCAUGAAGAACACAGACAAAUCAUCUAUAAGCUUCCAAAGACACCCCCUUCCUCACCUCAGUGUCUCUUCCUUGUGCAUAGAAUAUUUUAGUUGUUUUCUUUAUCUUGCCACUUAUUGGAUGUGAUACUUAGGUUGUGAAAAUGGGUUAAUGUUUGUGUCCAUGAAAUUAUGUGUCAAAUAAAAGUGGCUCCAACCAGAAAAGGAUAAAUAAAUGGGAAAUACUGCUUUCAUGUAAAGAAUCUGUUCACUACUGCAGCAAGUCCAAUUGAAAUGGUAAGGUGAGCCAUUCCUUCAAGGAUGACAGUUUAGACAGCUUGCCUGCUAAGUCUAUGCUAAUUAACAUAUUGGUCACAUUAUGGUGGAGCUAAUGAAUAUGCUUCAGAAUUAGUCCUACUUCUAAAGUCAUCAUCUUACUAUGUGAUAAUGUAUCUCUUCAGCUUGUUUUGGAAUUCACUACACCUUAUAAAGAGAAGGGAGCUGGGAAAUCGGUUUAGUGGAGAAGCUCUCACCUAGUAUGGAUGGAGCAAUAUCACACAAGAGAAAAAAAAAAAAAGAACCAUGCUGGUAAAUAUUGGGCAGAAACAGGAAAGAAGGUGUCUUCAGUUUUCUUCUUCUUUGUCUCUUAUUGCUCUCAAUUUCUAGAGAUCUCUGAAGAGAAUGAGACCCACUCUUUUAUCAGUUUUACAUUGUAUCUUGUCUUUGGCUUAUGAGAGGUUAUGCUGACACCAUUUUAAAGAGUCUCUACUUCUUCUGGGUUUCAGAAAUGUCUGGGAGAGCUUCAUGAAAGUUGAGUUGAGUCCAUGCCCAUGGUCUUCUGAAAGACAGGGAGGCCAGUUUUGUGGAGUUAGCUAAUCUUGAUGCAGGAAUGGUGGCCUUGCUAAAUCAAGAUUUCAUUCUUUGCAGUUUCAAUUGGCCAUACAUAAUAUUGUCCUUUAUGUUGCAUUUAAUACUUUUAUAUAUGUACAGUUGUUAAGAUGUUACAUACAUUUUUAUUGAAAUAUGUUAAAUCAGAACACACUAGAACUUACACUGGAUGAAGAAAUUAUAAAAUCUGCAUGAAGUGUGUUUACUCAGGAUUGUCAAUAAAUGUGUCUACUUUCUGAAA